AUGGUCCUGAACAUGCUGAGCACGGGAACUAUGAUUCGGACUGGGAAAACGUAUGGCAAUAUGAUGGUGGAUAUGGUGGCAUCGAAUCUCAAACUUGAGCAGCGCGCUCGGAAUAUCCUGCGACAAACCAGUGGGAGAUGCAAUAUGCUGUCUGAAUCAGAAUUGGACUCACUUCUUGUCAAGUGUAAUCAUAGCGUCAAGCUUGCCAUUCUCGUUGCCGAAACGGAUGACACUGUAGAGAGCUGCCAGCAGGCUUUGGUAUCUGCUGGAGGUGUUCUGGCUAAGGUGCUAACAAAACCAUGUCCACCUACACAAAUAUCUUCACCGGAGAGUCGGCGGUUCUCGUUAUGUAUUGAUGGUGGCGGUACCAAGUGCGCUGCUGUUGUCGCAGACAAGAAUGGUGUGAGCCAUGGGUUUGCUGGACCUUGCAAUCUUACCGAUAUCGUUAGCAAUGUGGACAUAUUCAUGUCUACCAUCAUUGCAGCUACCAGAGAUGCGCUUGAGAAGCAUAUGCCUGUUGGAACCCAGCUAAACGACACGAGUUGGAGGGACUAUUUCAAAGAUUCAUUUCGAUCGGUCUGGAUUGGCCUGGCUGGUAUGGAUAGGAGCGGCCUCCGUGGCAUCUUGGCACCAAAGCUUGGUGAAUUGUUCGGACUCGAUCAUACCACGAUAGCAUUCAAGUUAACCAACGAUGUCUCUUUGUUGACUGCGGCGGUUGCAGCCGACCAAGAUAAGCCUUCCAUGAUUGCUGUGAUCGCCGGUACCGGGAGCGUGGCAAUACGGUACAACUGGACUGAGAACCAGGGCUAUACUUGUGUUGCUCGAGCGGGUGGCUGGGGCCAUCUGUUGGGAGACGAGGGCGGAGGCUAUUCUAUCGGCCUUGGAGCUAUUAAACACACCCUGGAAGUGUUAGAACAAAGAUCGCUCGGUCUUGGCCCAAAGGAGCUGGGUGACUUUGAACAUGCAGUGAUAGAGCGACUUGGCGGUCAGGUUCAAGGAAACAACAACUUUGACCUUCUGUCGGAGAUCCUAUCACAAAAUCAUGCGCAAAGAUUGAAAUCUCGAAUUGCUAGCGUGGCGGAGACUGUAUUAAAGCUGAGAGAUAGUACGGCAAUGGCUAUUGUGAAUGAGAAGGUGUGUUCCAUCAUUCGGAAGCCUCUUCGCUGUCUCGUUGAUCCUAGAUCUAGCGGCUACUUCUCAACCAAUGAUACGAAGUUGGUAUUGGCCGGCGGAUUGAUGAAAGAUGAGACAUACCAAAACUUCAUGAGACAGCAGCUUGCUCAAGAAGGACUCCACUUCCGAGAGAUACGAGUAGUUGAGGAUGUUGCCGUGACGGCAGUCAGAUAUUUAAUAUCAAAAUGGGCUGAGUAG